AUGGCCACGGGAGAAAUCACCACACUUCCCUCAACACCUGAAGACGGCGGCAGCGGCGGCUUCCCUCCUGGAAACUUCAAGGAUCCCAAAAGGCUGUACUGUAAAAACGGGGGCUUCUUCUUGAGGAUAAGGUCUGACGGGGGAGUGGAUGGAAUCCGGGAGAAGAACGACCCCCACAGUAAGUGCUUCCAGUUAUUUCCCUGCUUUGCAUGGCAGACAAAGCUCCUUUAUAUUCUCUUUUUCUAACAUGCAACAGGGAAGUAAGAGUUAAGAAUGAGAAAGUAAUGGAGGGACGAUGUGAAUUUUCCAGCGUACUGAGGUUUAUUCUCCACUUGUAAACACCAGAAUGUGUGGAGGUCUACCUCUGGAAAGUCUAAUAACUCCAGUUCAAGAGAAGUACACCUCACAUUUUCUUGAUCAAUGGGAACUUUCAUGGAAUACGCCUGACGUUUUUAGUGAAAGCUGAUGCUGACUCAUAGUGUGGUUUACGUCACAGAGGACAGCAUGGAGUUAACAGCCAGCUGAAGUGAAUUCCUGAUUUGGAGGUCCCCUGGCACAGUCUGAGGUCAAUAAAGUUACACCACCGAAAUAUCCGUAAACAACAGUAUUGGCUCAAAGUAUAUCCAUGAAAGUGAGAGGAAACCUCGGCUAUGUUAUUCCUAAGACUUUUAAAUUAGUCCUGGACAAUUGUGAUACCCCUUAGUGCCUCUGUAUCUCUGAUUACUUUCAAGUGUGCGUCCAAAGUUGCAUCAGUAAGUGGGAGGGAAGGACAGGGAACAAGAAAUCGCUUUUUCCAGGGAGGACACACGUUUGGAAGAUAUGGUGUGACAUUUCAAACAGGUGGGCCAGAACUAAUGAUUGAUACAGGACCAGCUAAGAGAGAGAGAGAGAGAGAGAGAGAAAGAGGAGUCAUUAAGUAUCAAACACAGGAGUUCACUGACUUUGUCAUUAGCUUCUUUGCAUUUAGAAUGGUCUGAUACUCAGGUGGUCAAACACUCAAAGAAGAGUAUAUCCACUGUGAGUCAUGAAGUAGUGAUCAUUAUAAAUCAUUAAGCUUUUUACCGUCAUGGUUAAUGUGAAUAGAACUUCAGCAGCCAACCAAACACACUCAAAGAUGUUGUGUCUAUGUAGGCCUGUUCUUAUGCAACUCACCUGUGUUCUCGCUCUAUAAUUCCCUUUCCCUAAAGUUUGUGGGGGGCAUCAUAAACCCCAGGACGAAUACAGAUAGGAUCACACUCCGCGUAACCACAGUGAACAGAUGAGGAAGGAUUUCCUGCAUUCAGGAAAGCUGUGGAACAUAAUACAACCAGUAAACACAGCACACACCACAGCCACCCACAGCAAUUAUACAUUUCUUUCGGGGAAGAACACCUCUUUGAUCCGAGAGUUGAAUCAUACAGGCAGAGAGCUUAAGCGUAGACAGAUGCACUCCUAUCUGAAGUCUUGUGCUGCACAGAUCUUCUAGUUUACCUGAUGGGGCCACUGCUUCCUUUCUGGUGGUUUAGCUGCAUGCACGUCCCUAGGAAGAAAUGCGGUUUGGAUGCAGCCAGGAGGCGAUAGUUUCACAGCCAGGUACUGUGCGCUAACUUUCAGCUGUUCAGCAGCUGAUGGGAGUUAGUUUGUUAUUAUCAGUGGCAUCAACAAAAUUUGAUUCAUUUACAAUUCAAAGAAGUUGGAAUGCUGUCUAAAAUUGAUGCAAGCAACAUGCUUCAAAACAGAUGAGACUGAUGAAAACAGAUGAAAACACUAAAAAAUUGUGUAAGGCUAAAAAAAAACAACCCUCAAACAGCCAGCUAGGGUUCAUUUGCAACAAGUUCGUACAAUUUCUGGGUAUUAAGAGGGCGCUCUAGAGAGGCAAAGUUCUUCAUUUUUGUAAAAUAACUGUAGAUUUCAGUAAAUCUCAAGGUAUACCACAGCUUUGACGAAUCUGGAAAGAAGGGACAAGGUUAAAAAAACAGUAAAGGGACGGCCCUGGUCUUCAGGCACAGGCAUGACUCCGUAGUGGAUACCAAAGCAUGGGCCAAAUAUCAUCCAAAAAAACCACACAGCUCAAAGCUGCAUCCACAAAUGCAGGAUUUUUGGAAACCGUGGAUGCUGCAUCUGAGACAUACUGUCAUCCAUUUUGCACCCACUCAAGAGGAGUGGGACCACUUGGCUUGUCAUCUUUGCACAAUUUAGUAGUCAGCAUCCAUGACUGUACAGGGUCACAGUUCUCAUAGUAUGGAGAGAUUACACAUCUGGGAAGGCACCAUUAAUGUAGAACAAUAUAUGCAGAGCUGCAAUCUAGACAAUGGCUUUUUCAGGAAAGACCUUGCAUAUUUCUGCAAGAUAAUGCCAAACCACAUCCUGCAAGAAUUACAACAGCAUGUCUCUGCAGUACAAGAAACUGCUAAACUGGCCUGCCUGCAAUCCUGCUGUGUCACCCACUGAAAACAUUUGGCUCUUUAUGAAAUAGAAAAUACAAUUAGAGAGAUGCCAAACUGUUGAGCAGCUGAAAUCCUCGGCAGGAAUGAGGCAGCAGUCAUUUUCAAACUCAGGAAAAUAGUUCCCCCUAGUUAAACAUGUCCCUGUCCCAGCUGUUUUAGAGCUUGUUGCUGGCAUCCAGGUUUAAAUCCAAGCAAAAAUAAACAAACAAAUAUCAGUUUUAACAUUUGAUAUGUUGUCUUUGCUCUACCUUGAUUUGUAGACAAAAGCAAAUCUGUUUUUUAUUAACAUUUCACAUAACUUUUCAACCUGCUUUUUGGAAUUUGGGAAGAAUGACCACAAUAAAAAGCUGUAAAAAAGUAGCUGUUGAGUUCAUCCUCGUUUUUUCUUGUUGUUUUCCAAGUCUGCAAUAAACUUUCCUUGAAAAUUUCAGGCUUUGCAACGGCUUUGGAGAAAAACCCCUGAAGUGUCUAGUUGAUCUGUGUGACUGGAGAGCCCUUUAGAAGCGUUGAUGGUCAUUAAUUUUCCUAGUUUUACAAUAAUCUUGUGUUUUAGACAAGCAGAGUUAGCAGCUAACAAGCUAGGAAACUAAAGCAUUGACCAUCAUGAGGGUGGAGACCAAAACAGAGCAAAAUCUGAAUGAAUACUAGACUCUCCCUGAUCAAAUUGGGAUAAUUACAUUUAAAAGAAAGCCUUUUCAUCGGCAGGACGUCUCACUGAACAAUAUUGUUAUUUAAAACGUUCCAAGCUGCUGCUGAUGUGACGGUGUGCGAGCAUGCUAGUAGGGGUGGGAAUCACUCGUGGCCCAACAAUACGAUAUUGUCACGAUGCUUGGGCCACAAUACGAUAUUAUGAUUUUUAACAUUUUGCAAUACAGUGAGUAUUGCGAUACAAUGUAGUGCGAAUUAUAUACUUUUUUCAACUGUUUAGCUAAUUUAGCAUUUGGCUUUCCAUGUUUGUCUUAUUUAUGCUGUAUUUUAUUUUCAUGUAGCACAUAUUGCAAAUAUAUAUAUUUGUUGUACGAACUUUCUCCUGUUCUGUGAUGUCUCCUAUGCCAUCCUCACUGGACAAACAGUUGAUUUUAUUUUGACUUCAUAUUAGCAACUAUUUUUAACAAUCGAUACUUGGUAAAUGAGACAAUACGAUAUAUCACCAGACAAAAUAUCGCGACACUAUGCUGUAUCGAUUUUUUCUCCCACCCCUACAUGCUGGACAGAGCUUUGUUUCUGUUGGAGUGUCUCCUAGGUUACUGAAAAUGUUCAACGAAGUUUAAAGUGUCAGAACAUAAUCACUAAGUUAUAGUUGUUUUGAAAUGAAGAUGAGGGCUCCAGGAUGUUUUAACUCCCUUUAUUUUACUAAAAGUAUUUCAAAAACAUAUCUCUUUACUUCAGUCUAUUUAAAACAUCUUACAAAUUCAACAAACCUAAAGCUUUUGUCUUUUUUUUUCUUUCAGUAAAGCUUCAGCUCCAGGCGACCUCAGUGGGGGAAGUGGUCAUCAAAGGAGUUUGUGCAAACCGCUAUCUGGCCAUGAACCGAGACGGACGAUUGUUUGGAGCGGUGAGUCUGAUUAUCAUCCUCCAACUAACAAACCUCACCAUCUUUCUCCCUUAGAAACUCCUGAGAUAACUUUAGAUAAAAUCGUCUAAUAACAUUUCCUAAAAGGGUUCAGAGACUUUAUUAAUCUUACCAACAGUGCUGUUCACACAUCUGUAUCAGACACUUACAGUUCCUGCCUCCCAGCUGUCAGAAAACUUAAUUGAGCUCAAUGCAGAGUCACGAGCAGCAUUUAGACUUCCUUGUUUUGGAAACCAAAUAUUUGCCAACCCCUUCUCUUCCAGAAAGCCUCCCACCCAAGGAAAUAAUUAGUUGACACUCUUUUGUCACAGUCAGCGAAGGUCUGCCACAGAAUUAAAAAAAAAAACCCUUGGGGCAAAAUUAUCGUCCUACAGAUGAACCAGAUUCAGAGGGACAAAAGAAAAGCUUUGUAACCAUGCACGGUCUGUGUGUUUUAAUAACACAUUUUACUAUUUCCACACACAUCGUCAACAUUAACUCGAGACUUUCAUGCUUUUUCUCGGUGGAAUAGACCCACAUCACACUUCACAGGGUCUUACAUUCAUCUGAUGCUGCUUCCUUCAGUCUGGAUCUUUGCUUGUGUUGGAGUGACUCUCAGAUGGACAAAAGCGUCUCUUAAAUGAAAUUACAAGUUUUGAUUUUAAAUGAUUUCAUGAACUUGACAAAACUUUGGCACCUCUGUUUUCCUGCAGCUGUGAUGUUGUUUCUCACAGCGGCGGUGCAAGUGUGAAGUGUGUGCGACUGAUGUGGUUUGGUGGUUGUGAAGGCUUGUCCACAGUCCAUAUAAUUGGCAAGAGGCAUUUCCUCUUAAUGAGACGCUACCGGAGCUACCACCCAGGGCGGCGCGCCGUUCUGCUCUUAUCAACAGUUGUCGCCUCAUCUGAGGAUUUUUGACAAAAGAUUUGACUUCUUCUUCAUAUUUAGCAGCCUGUCUGGGUGUGUUGAAGUCAUGCACGUCGGUUCAUAUCCUGAGUGAAACAUUUUGCUAAUAUAACAGGCCGACUUUAUGAAUUCAAGUUGAUGCAAACAUUUCUUCUGAUGCAAAAAUCUGGGAAAGAUUGGGACAGUUUUAACAUUUAUUUAAUCCAAACCUCUAAAAAUAAUAUUUCCAAACUCAUUUUCCAUUAAUUCUGAAAUUAAAUUCAACCUGAUCCUUUGAUAAAUAAAUAGAAAUUUAAGACUGAACAAUAUAAUUACUUAUACAAAACCUAAUUCCGAAAAAGGACGGUGACUGACACAGCAUAUGCAUUCAUAAACACUGGUAUCUGGAAGUGACUUCAUUCAUUAUUCAUUUAUUCUUUAUUUCAUUCCUUUAAAAACAAAAAUAAACCAUUUAUUUUAAAUACAAACGUUCUCCUAUCUAGAAUGAAAGGGAGCAGAAAGAAGACUAAUCUUAUUUUAUCUGCCCCUUUAUUCCCAGAAAUCAAUUUACAAACAAAUUUAACAUAAUAUCAAAUCAAAUCAAAUCAAAGAAAAGCAACAACAGCCAAAACAAAACACAACAAAAAAAUAUAUAAUGAAAUAAAAAUACAGCUGCUGGCCUCCACAAGUUACAAUUCAGACAACAACAAAAUUACAAUGGUAUGAAAAUCAGAUAUAACUUUCCUUAUUUUUCCUUAACAUACUGGCUUUAAUUAAUCUUUUAAAUGUUAUGUUUGACUUGGAUUCUUUCAUGUCUUUGUUCAGAUUGUUCCAUAAACUGAUUCCUUUCACAGAAACACAACGUUCAUUCUAUUUAGUCCUUAAUCUGAAGCCGAGCGAUCACAGCCAUCCUUUUUGUUACAGGGAUUUCUUUACAGAUUCGUCAAGUAUUACAAACAUUAUCAACAUGCAGUCUCAUGAUCCUCUUCCCAUCUUUACACCUGAGAGACCCUGUCUUGCCCCUUUUAUACGCAGUCAUGUUAGCAAUCCAAUCAAACAGUUUGACGGUGUAAACUCCAGGUGCUUUUCCAUUGAUCUCAACCUUUCUGAAGUUCUGCUGGCUUCAAAUGGACGUCUAUCAUUUUUCUGCGAAUAGGGGUUGUACUUCUUGCGGUGUAUUUAAGCCUGUGCUAUGUUUAGAUAAAGGCUUAGUGUCUUUCAAACUACAAAAACAACAAAACAUGACCACAUAACUGUUGCUUACUUUCAUUUCUGAGCUAUGAUGCUGUUUAAUGGCAGCUACAGCCUUUUUUUUUUUUAUAAUUAAAGCACCCUCGAGGUUGCUCCAGUUGAAAGAGAAAGUCUUCUGACUAAUGGCUCCAAAGCUGUGCAGUCACAGUUGACUAAAAACAAAAGCCUCUUGUUGGACUGGGUGCAGGGCGGCUAACGCCCAGCGAGACAGCAAGAUUUUGGCCAGACGUUCAGUAAUUAAUGUUUUCUUCAUGUUUCUACGAGGGACGACGUUCAGAGAGGUGAAGUGUGACACGACAUCUCAGGGACCAAAUCCAAACCCUGAUGUUUGUGUUUGUAUGUAAGCUCAGUUUCCCUCCAGUACAUCUUGAUUAGCUUCAUAACUGAUUUUCAACUUCCUGUUUUUUUUUUCUCUUUGUGGUAAUUAGUUAUAAACACCGACAUAUUAGCCCUGACGACUGAAAUCUGACGAUGAUGUAAGGAAGAUAGACACAAAUAACAUACUUCAAAUAUAAUAAAUUGUUUAAUGAAAUGCCACUUCAAAUAUCCUGAUACCCCAUUUCACAGUUUUUCCCAACAUUCCCCAGAUUUGCACAGAAACAGCGUUCAUUCAUGACAGUGAGAAGCUGCAGACCGCAAACUUCUCUAAAUCCUAUUAACCCCUAAAUCUGACAUUACCUCUGUGCUUUCUCCACAGAGACGAGCAACAGAUGAAUGUCACUUCUUGGAGCGACUGGAGAGCAACAACUACAACACCUACCGCUCCAGGAAGUACCCCAACAUGUACGUGGCACUGAAGCGGACUGGCCAGUAUAAGUCUGGAAGCAAAACUGGACCGGGUCAAAAGGCCAUACUUUUUCUUCCGAUGUCUGCCAAAUGCUAA